AUGAAGGAAAUGAAGGUGCGCCAGGUGAACUUUCUCCACGUCAUCACACCGCUGCCGCCAGCCUAUAGCGAUAGCUUGGCAGCUCCUGUGAAUGUGACGAUCAAAGCACUGAAGGCAAACUCGGCUGUGGUGACAUGGGACAUCCCUGACGGUGAUACUGUUAUCGGAUUUGCCAUUACACAGCAGAAGAAGGACGUGCGCAUGCUGCGCUUUAUUCAAGAAGUGAACACAACAACACGCAGAUGUGCAUUAUGGGAUUUGGAGGAAGAGACAGACUACAUUGUGCAUGUGCAGUCCAUCAGUAUGAGUGGGCCAAGUCUGCCCAGUGAACCUUUACACUUUCGCACGCCCAAGGAAGCCGAGACACAAGCCUCUAAGAGUAAAGACGAAGUGACCAUGGAGGAAGUGGGACAGACCACUCAACUGAGGGCAGGGGAGCUCAUCAUUAUUGUCGUGGUGUUAAUAAUGUGGGCAGGUGUGAUUGCUCUCUUUUGUCGUCAGUAUGACAUCAUUAAAGACAAUGAACCAAACAACAACAAAGACAAAGCCAAGAACUCCUCAGAGUGCAGUACACCUGAGCAUCCCACUGGGGGGCUGCUGCGUAGCAAGUUCCCAAAGAACAACAACAACCGGAAGCCGUCUGUGAACAUUAUCGAGGUGUGA